AUGGACGAUCCUCGCAAUUGGCCGAUGUUCAUACAGAUGUUUAAGGAUUUCGUCCACGAUGCCGUGUGUUCUGACGCAAAACGCAUCGCCCAUCUGUAUGACGCGCAAACACCGACCAUUAGGAAGAACAUCGGAGGAGCUCUUCUCAACCCGGGACUUUACCAACAUACGCUAAACGAACUUCAACGGAGAUACGGAAACCCGCAGAUUGUCUCCCAAGCCUGCACUUCAUCGCGUCUCAAGCUACGGCCGUUUAGAGACAACGAUUUCAGUGCCCUUCGGGCUUUCUCAGCCGAUCUCCACUCCGUGGUAGCAGCUCUAAAAUUAGGAGGAUACGGAAUGGAACUUUACAGUCACACCACGCUUUCGCAGCUGAUUUCUAAGCUCCCUCCAACAUUGAAGAGUCGAUGGGGCGAGAAGAGUUGGGCAAUGCAACUCACAUCCAUUGAAGACUUAGACCAAUGGCUCGACGGAGUUGCAAUGGCUGAACAAUCUAUCCGAGCGAGUUCGAUCGAAACUCCUCAUAGACAGCACAUUAAACCAUCGGAGGAGAAACGUCGUACUCCACAUAAACCGAACGUAUUCAACACUACGUCCGUAACCCUCCCGAAAUCGAACAACGACGAGGCAGCUUCUAGAUGCAGCGACCACCUUAGCAGAGCGUGCCCCCGUACCGAACGUUGCUCGAAGCCCGACUGCGAUGGCAUCCAUCACCCACUUUUGCACGGCGCUCCACGGCUCUACCCUCAAAGGACGGGUCCAGUAUCAGCGACUAUGAAAUUCUCCGGUUCCGUCGCAACCAAAUCGGCAGGUAGCCGCACUUUACUACCGAUUGUUCCUGUGACCCUGAAGGCCAACGGCAAUGAGUACCCACUCUAUGCGCUCCUCGACCCUGGAAGCGAAAUAUCCGUAAUAAGGGGUAAGACUGCGGCUCUGAUCAAUCUACGAGGCAAAGUUGAACGAGUUAAAACGAGAACGGUAAACGGUGAAACUAAAUCUGUCGAUCGUAAAAUCGUCAAUUUCAGUGUCACUUCAAUUGACGGCCGCUUCUCCUUUGACAUCUCGGAUGCGCACGUGAUGGAUACUUUCGAACUCGACAAACGUCCGAUCAACCUUGCUAGUCUUAGAAAGCAGUGGCCUCACCUCGCUCAUGUUCCGGUUCCCUCUACUACAAAGGAGGACGUCGCAAUCCUAAUCGGUCAUGGCCACCCGUCCGCAAUCGAAAUCUUCGAAACGCACAAAAAUUAUUUUGACCAACGAGCACCUCGUGCCUACCUGUCAGCAUUCGGUUGGUACAUUGGAGGGUCAGGCGGAAAACUCAGUGACGACGCUUGCGAUUGUUUCCAUUCCCCCCUCGAAGAAAGAGGAUGUGAAGUUCUUUUACAACAAUUCGUCGAGGCUGAUACAUUCGGCACGAAGCCGAACGUCACUAAACCUAUCGGUCGAGAAGAACGGAGGGCGUGGGAGAUUCUGAACAACGCUACCAGACAUAAUGGUGAACGCUACGAGGUCAACCUACUCUGGAAGACGGACAAUCCGGACCUCCGAAACAACCUCUUUGUCGCCCAACGUCGCUUCUUUUAUCUGGAAAGAAAACUUAGUAAAGACAAGGACCUCGGCAUGGUUUAUGGGUCGGUCAUCAAUACCUACAUCAACUUGCAACACGCGCACAAGCUGUCCCGAGAGGAGAUCAACGCCGGACCCUUCGGUCGAACGUGGUAUUGCCCUCAUCACCCUGUCUUCAACCCUAUUGAAUAUUUGGAUGAGGACCCUAUUGUGUUGCGGUUGGGACGCAUGAAGUUACAAGAGUAG